AUGGAAACAAGUGACUACGAAACUUUUGAAUACAUUCAUACGAAUAAUACAGAAAACGUGUCAGAUCAACUGUUUGUUGUUGAAGAUAAUGGAACAUUCAUAACUCUUAAUAAUCCAGUAGACAUUGUAACUCAAGUUCAAAAUGUGGAAAUUUUGGAGGAAGUGCAACCUGUUUAUGAUGUUUCACCAGAGCAGUUUUAUAUCCAUGUGGAUGGAUCGUCCGAGCUCAUUACUGUUUCAGAUCACUUUGUUCUUAAUAAUGAAGUACACAGUGAAAAAAAUAAUAUUUACGGAGAGAACUUCAUACUGCAACCUGUAACUAGUUCAUCAGAAUUGGAGCACCCACAACCAGUUGACCACGAAACAGAAGAUGUAGUUGAACAAUUCAUAAAAAAAAGAUCUCCGUCACCUGUGGAUGUUAAUAUCAAUAUGGAAGCAGAUAAUAAUCAAACUACUUGCACAGAAAUAACUAUAACUGAUGAACAAUAUAAAAUAUUAGAACAAAAAGGAUGGACUCUAAUUGAGAACAAUGGAAAUGUCUACUUGGUUGAUACUAUGGGACUGCAUGACAUUACACAUGAUGAGGAGUUAAUACAAAAAUUGAAGCUACAAAUGAGUUGCACAAACUUUGCAGGAUCAGAGGAUAGUAACGUAUUGGAAUCUGAAAGCACUUCCACAUACAAUGCAAAUUAUCAAAAGCACUUAUUAAUUGAACAAUCCUCAAUGCCGUUUUUAGAAGAGACUUGCGAUACAAAGGCAUUUGACAUUCAUAAUAAUAUUAAAGAAGAAAAGCCCUCAGAAAACUCCCAUUCAGAAGUACCUGGUUUGAUGCCGUCAGAAAGGGAAUUCCUUGAAACCACAGUUAAUGAACUGUCUGAAAAGUAUGAAAAUAGUGAUCCAAGAAUAAACAGUAAUACUAUAAAGAUAAAGACCAAAUUUUCACUGAAGGAUAUACCCCCUGAAAUUGUACUAGGGAGAACAGCAAACGGAAAAAAAUUAGUUGCAAGAGUAACCAAGAGAGAACGGUCGAAAGCUGAUACGGAAUCAAAUAAUUUUAUACCAGAAAAAAGAAGACACAAAAUACAUCCAACAAACGCAUUUCACGAUAAAAUCGACUCUUUAAUCCAGCAAGCGAUUAAUGGUGAAGUGCCAACGCUUAGUGAAGAAGAGGUUCUCACCAGCGCUCAGCCCGUAGUCCAGCAAUUGCUUAGAGUGCCAGCUUUUAAACCAGCUGUUAUCGAGAGAAGAUUGAUCAUAACUAAGAUUGGAAUAACAGAAGAUAAAGACCAAAACAUUGUGCAUGAAAGCGAACCAAUUAUAAUAACUGGACGUGUCUUGAACAAGGCACGCGACAAAUGGGACUUUCAAUACCUGCCAAACAUGUUACAAAAUAUAAGAAUCAAUAAAGAAGCAGACAGAACAGAUAAGGCAUCCGAUGAUGCGCUGAAUUUCCUUCAAAUCCAUAUACAGGAGGUUAAUAGUCCAGUGGGCGUUGCGAAAAUUUCUAUAACUCUAAAUCGUCGAGCUAUUUUGUUGAAAUCAAAGAAAAGUCUAGGGAGCCACGAUGAAAAAGCUAGCAAAGUCGAGCGAGUUUACGCAUGCAGCGCCUGCGCAGCUGUUUUUAAUACAGAGCUGCGGCUGAAACUACACCAAGAGUUGCAUAAUGUUGCCAAUAAUAAGAAUGAAAACGAAGUCAAAAGAGAAAAGCUUUAUCAAGAAAUGGUUGUUGCUGGCGUUAAGGGAUUUGUUUGUAAUGAAUGUCAGUUUCAAACAGUGAGGCAGAGUGUGAUUCAAAGACAUAUUAAAUCUCAUUUCAACGUAAUUGCAAGUCAGAGUCCAAGUGAAGAAGAGUUGAGCACAGAACAAGUUAUUGAAGGAAAACAUAAGUGUAAAAUGUGCUCCAUUAGCUAUACGAACGCAGCGACACUGUCCAAACAUAUUGUGACCAAACACAUUAAAGUAUCAGAAACUUGA